UCUGACAGCUGACAUUACUGACAAUUACUGACGUGUACCAGAGACCAAUAAACAAGACGUGUACCUACUGUUGUUUUUGCGUUGCGGCAUUCUGAUUCUCAAUAUAUAAUUUGUGUAAAUAGCGAAAUACUUAACACUUUCCCGCCACAAUGAUUACCGACAUCCAGUUGGCUGUGUUCUCGAACAUUCUCGGAGUUUCUAUAUUCCUGCUGGUUAUCCUGUACCAUUACAUUAGCGCUAAUUCUAGCAAGUAAGAUCCACCUCUAAAGAUUCUUCAGGAAACCAUCACCAUAAUUUGUAAGAUGUUAAUAAAAAACAACAAAUA